GUUACCAAAUGUCGCGCAAGACUUGCAUAGCGGGAGGCGCGCGAGGCUCAUGCAUGUGGGUGCAGGAGUGCAACCGAGCAGGAGGCAAGCAUGCAGGUGUAUGCGUCGACGGUUUCAUGUUCGGCUCUUGCUGUCUGCUACCAGAAAAACCACUUUAUGUCGAUGAACCUCAAAGUUCGGUCACUGUAACAGACCGACCGUACUCAGCGCCAUCCAGCGGGGGACACAGCAUAACGCAUCACGUGCAAGAUACUUCAACACAAACUAUCGCAAGGCCGAGCAUGCAAACCCAGAGGCCGUCGUUCAUGACAAAACCAAUAGAUGGCGCGCCUUACGGUUACCGACCGCCAGAAAUAAACUUACCUUCCUUAGGAAAUUUAGAUUCAAGUAGCGAACAAAAUAGUGAUAUAGUUAAUAAAAUAACUUAUAACAGUGUAAAUAAGUACCAAAAUGUAAAUAGGCCGAGUGGUGAAGUGGAAACUAGUCCCCACAAUAAGAUUUCGUCUAGUCUUAGCAUAAUGGCAGGUGCGCGACCUAUGGCCAUUUCUGAACAACACGCAGACAACAGCAUUUCUUCAGCUCAAUUCAUGUCCCGACCAAGCAACCUGAACACAAUUCACUGGCAGGCGACAACUGAGCCCACCUUCAUAACAAAACCUCGUCCAAAUUGGGAAAAGCCAGUUGGUAAACCGAAGCCGACGAAGAAAUUCACAACAACGACAAGUAAACCGCACAAGAACUACUUGAAGCCGAAAGAUCCGGCGUUGAAUAUGAUCAACAAGACAGAUGAGGUGACGCCGACGCCGAUUGCUACAACUGCGGCUACUAAUAGUGUUGAAUGCGGGGUCACAGCAAUGUGGCCAAGACCAGAAACCCGCAUCAUGGGCGGCAAAGACUCCAGUUUCGGUCGGUGGCCGUGGCAGGUCUCCGUCAGACGUACAUCGUUCUUCGGUUUUUCGUCCACCCAUCGGUGUGGAGGUGCUAUCAUUAAUGAGGGCUGGAUCGCUACUGCUGGACAUUGUGUGGAUGACCUCCUCACGUCUCAGAUAAGAAUACGCGUCGGAGAGUAUGACUUCUCAUCGGUCUCUGAGCAAUACCCGUUUGUAGAACGCGGCGUUGCAAGAAAGGCUGUUCAUCCUAAAUACAAUUUCUUCACUUACGAGUAUGACCUUGCAUUGGUGAAGUUGGAAUCUCCAGUUCAGUUUGCUCCACACAUAUCGCCGAUUUGUCUGCCAGCUACUGAUGAUUUGCUGGUGGGAGAAAACGCGACGGUGACUGGAUGGGGAAGGUUGUCAGAAGGAGGUGUGCUGCCAUCCGUCUUGCAGGAGGUACAAGUCCCAAUAGUGUCGAAUGAUCGCUGUAAGUCAAUGUUUCUGAGAGCUGGAAGACACGAGUUCAUCCCUGACAUCUUCCUCUGCGCUGGCCAUGAGAAGGGCGGCCAUGAUUCUUGCCAGGGUGACUCUGGUGGACCUUUACAGGUCAAAGGCAAAGACUCAAGGUACUUCCUAGCGGGCAUAAUAAGCUGGGGUAUCGGAUGCGGCGAGGCAAACUUACCCGGGGUAUGCACCAGGAUAUCCAAAUUCGUACCGUGGAUUUUACAGACAGUGAACACUUGAAACAGACAAGUAAAUUUGUGAAUUGUGGAAUCCACUACCUGUCACUCGUGACAAUAACACAAGACGAUCGAUUUGAUUGAAAGAUAAUGCGACGUAAAGUGUUAGUGCAGUGCAAGUUACCUUCAAAAAUGUUGAUUAGAUUCAACGUUUUCUGAGGCGUUUUGACUAUAGUCCAUAACGAAUGUUCUGCAGAUCAUAAUAUGCAUGUUCUGUAUGAAUAAAGCCGUAAUUUAAGGCAAAAGCGAUGCAACGACAACGAAAGCGUGACUAUGUCCUUUUUGAUAUUUCAAUAGAUUCCAAAGUAUCGUAAUUCGAUAUGCUAACCUUCCUUCUUGCAAAGGUUAUUG